CACUGUCAAUAUUGAACUCACCGAGGAAGGUCGCGUCCUUCGGCGCCGGAAGUGAAGUUUCUGUAAAAGAUGGCGGCGCGCAGGGUGUACGGCAAGAUUAAACAAAAUGCCUUGCUCCCCGAACACCUGCUGCAGGACACCCUGACUAAGGUCCCCCCAACUUCCUCGUCGCUAUACCCUCCUAUCGUAGCGUCCCUUACGGCUAAAACCAAAGCCUCUAAGCGCCGCCGGUUAGAGGAGCACUAUAAACGGGUGCAUGCUCUCACUAAUAUACCGGAGAAACUAAAGCUCAUCAACGGCCUCCAGCGGCUCAAAUACGUGGUAUAUCCUCAGACAUUCGCUCUGAACGCCGACCGCUGGUACCAGCAUUUCACUAAAACUGUGUACCGGCCUGGGCUACCAGAGACCGGGACUAGUAUAGGGGCCACCACUCAAGGGACACCAUGGGACCAGGACCAGCUGAAGGCUCUGGUGUGCGAGGCUCUCCUGCAGGAGUAUUUCUAUGCCAAGAAAGGCAGAACCUACCUGUACAGGACUCAGGAGGUGUCAGCUGCCCCCUUUCUGACCAGUUUGGCAUCGAUACUGAGCACUCAGUGUGCCAAGUAUAAUCCAGUGCUCCUCCAGUCUAGCCUGGAUGUAAAACCAGAGGUAAACUUUUACUGGCUUCGUGGAGAGACCAAGGUUCCCCGUGGACACAGAAAAGGUUGUAUUGAUCCUGUUCGAUUUCAGAUUGAUGAUAAGCCACUUGUCCAGAUCAGAAUACCCAAAGCUCUUCCAGAAUUGGUUCCCCUAGACAGUGUUGUACCAGAAGAAGUGCCAGUUAUAAACCACGAGCCGAGUAGAUUGCCGCUGUUUAGUCGACAGUAUGAAAACAAAGUUUAUAUAGGUUCCCAAGUAGAAGAUCUUUGUAAAUUUGGCCAUACACAGAUUCAUCUGGUCCCAGAUAGAUUCACGAGAUUGCAACUAGAAAAAAGAAACCUUGCUGAUCAAAUUGAAGUUUUUCUUCGGUCCAAUGCAAUAGCCAGUCUGUUUGCAUGGACUGGCGCUCAAGCAAUGUAUCAAGGUUUCUGGAGCCAUGCAGAUGUAACACAGCCCUUUGUGUCACAGGCUAUUAUUUCCGAUGGAAAAUAUUUCUCAUUUUUUUGUUACCAACUAAACACAUUGGCUUUGACUGUUGACUCUGAUGUAAACAAUUCUCGCAAGAACAUUUGCUGGGGAACGCAAAGCACCCCACUGUAUGAAACCGUGGAAGGAGACAACAUCAAAGGAUUUAAUGAUGAUGUCUUUAAGCAGCUGGUUAACUUCUUUCUUAGCUGCUCAAAUUAAAAAUAGUAUAAUAACCUAAAACAAAGCUAGAACCUGAAAUAUAUUAAGUGAUAUAACUUGGAUAUGUAUUUAUUUGCAUAUUAUCACAUGCACUUACCUGUGGCAAAUAAAGUAAUGCAACGUUUUAA